AUAUUUUGACACUACAAAACAUCAACUUUGACUAUUUUUUAAGGAGAUAGAGGUUAAAGGGAAGCUGUAAUGCCCCUUAAAAAGGGUAAAAGCACCUCAUAGAUGUCAGUUAAAGCUUUGGAUGAGUCUAUGACUCCACAUCUGUAGACUUAAAGAUUAAAAGUUACUUCCUCCAAUUGUUUCCACUUCAGCUUCCAAAUAAUUCCCUGAGCAGAUGUCUUUUUUUAAAUCCUGCAGCAUGGCCCUUGUGGAGAGCAUUCCCGAACAUAUGAAAUACAAAGACAACGUAACAUUUGGGAUCCCUCUUGAACAAGUCUGGAACAAUCUCAUCUCAGUGGCAACAAACGAAGUGGAUGUGGUCUCUUUCUACUGGACGUUAACUGGGGAAGACAUCAGUGUCAACUCUUCCUCUGAUAUGCCCGGAAGGAACAUCCUGAAAGAGCUUGAAGAGCUUCCUUCGAGAAAUGUGACUGUCCGAUUGAUAACGAGUGUUCCCACCGUCAGAACAAACUCUACCGAUUUAGAGAUCUUAAAACAAAAAGGAGUUCAUGUAAGAAAGGUGGACUUUGGCCGCCUUGCAAACGGCGUUCUCCACAGCAAGUUCUGGAUUGUCGAUAGGAAACACGUGUUUAUUGGAAGCGCCAACAUGGACUGGAGGGCUUUAACACAGGUGAAGGAACUAGGAGUUGUGAUCUACAACUGCUCCCGUCUUGCAAAGGACCUUCGUAAAAUCUUCCAGUCCUACUGGGUGAUGGGUCAACCCAACAGCUCUUUGCCACAGCCUUGGCCUGCAAACUAUAACACAGACAUCAACAAACAACACCCCCUGCUGGUGAAAGAGAAUAACAUCUCCACCCGGCUGUAUGUGGCAGCUUCUCCUCCGUCCUUUUGUCCUCCAUCGAGGACUCAGGACCUGGAUGCUAUUCUCUCCAUCAUCUACGGGGCUCAACACUAUGUUGAUGUAGCUGUCAUGGAGUACUUCCCCACCACGCGCUUUGACAAGCCUCGGAGAUACUGGCCGGUCAUCGAGGAUGCCAUCAAGGCGGCCGCGUUCGAAAGGAAAGUGCAUAUCAGGAUGCUGAUCAGCUGCGGGCGGGAUUCUGAUCCAGACAUGUUGCCUUUUCUUCAGUCUCUAGCCUCACUCGACUCUCCUCAGCAGCAUAUCAGCAUCCAGAUAAAACUCUACAUCGUCCCAGUGGCAAACCAGUCCGAUAUUCCAUUUUCCAGAGUCAACCACAACAAAUACAUGGUGACUGAUAAAGUAGCUUAUAUCGGUACCUCUAACUGGUCAGGAGACUACUUUCUUACCACCGCUGGAGUGGGCCUGGUGGUAUCCCAGCAUGCAUCUCAACCUGAAAUGAAGAAUACGACCCUGUACAGUCAGCUCAAGGCAGUAUUUAACAGAGACUGGUAUUCAGAGUUUGCUGUGCUCCUCGAUGACCUGGGACACCACCCAGACUGUUCACUAUCGAGAUGACUGAAGCUCUUUUAUGAAUCUUAAGUGCAUUUCAUGACAUUCAAAUCCCAGUUGGGACACAGUAUUUUGCUGUUUUUAUGGUCUUUUUGUAAGGAAUGAUAUUUUUUUAUACAACUGUCACAUAUGUUGAUUAACCUACUAAAUGUGUCAUGCUACAGUUCUGACUGAACAUGUUUUAGUACAUGUGCUGUCAGAUUUACAGUUUUCUUUCAGGCGCAGUGUGAUCAUUCACUGCUGAGCUGAUUGUUUUAAAGCAUGAUUAAUGAUAUCAACCACUGAGUGCAUUUUAAUGUCAUGGUUAAAUAUGUAAACAUGCAUGAGACUUUUGUGUACCUGUGGCUGCAGUAUCUAAGUAACACUGAGCAGCACAGCACUGCAAAGCCAUGUUUACACCUGCUGGUCUGAUCAGAUAAGCGCAGGUUUGAUAGGGAAAGUCAUCAAAGAAAGGCUGAGAAAUCCAUUCCUUUUGCCAGCACAGGAAUAUUGGUUGAAUGCGCCAGCACAAUCCUGGAGUUACAGGCAAGGGCAGUGAAAGCUGCAGCUGUGCAAUAAGAACCUCAUCUUUGUUUCCGAUGUGUUGCAUGGAUGUCCUCUGUUUGUUUGUGUCUGCAAUUGUUCAGUUUGUUGGUAGAUUUUUGUACUUUUGUUUGUGUUGGUCCUUGUAUAUUUUUCCACCCAAGUGUUGCAGAUGCUGUCAGAUGGGGUGAGAUCUUGGACUGCUGAUCUGUUUUGCACUUUUUUGCAUAAAGAACAGUGUAAUAAAGAUAUGGUGGGAAGAAAAAGAA